AUGUCGAUGACCUCCCUCCAGUCCUUCGCGAACUCUUACUCUCCUUUUUCGUCUCAAUCUAAACGAAUGACACAAUCCCAAACCCCCGGGUUAGACACGCUUGCGGAGGGGUCGCAGUAUGCGCUGGAACAACUGCAGUUAGCAAGGGAAGCCGGUGCUGCUGCGAAUACCCCGACCGACCACGGCACCUCUCUCGCCGAUAGUAAGCCGCCCCAACACACUCAACAUUCACUCUACAGUGAUCAACGCGGUUCCAGUUCCUCUUUGAGGGACUCUCAGUCGCGCGAUUCACUUGCGGAGGCGCGCUCCUCCAUUCGCAAGAACUCGUCUGCAACUCCGGUCCGUCGGAGAAUUAGCCGGGCGUGCGACCAGUGUAACCAAUUGCGUACCAAGUGUGAUGGGCAGAACCCAUGUGCGCACUGUGUUGAAUUUGGACUCAGCUGUGAGUACGCCCGCGAGCGCAAGAAGCGUGGCAAAGCGUCGAAAAAGGAUAUAGCUGCUGCCGGCAAUAACGAUAGCGAUAUCGGCCCCAACGAUCUUUCGCCACGUACAACGGGACAUAAUUCAAAUGGACCAGCUCUACACGAAUCUAACGAUCAUUAUGACCCUGCUUUUGACGCCGCGCGCACUUUGACAGAGGGGGCGCAGGCCCGAUCACAUAACACAGAAGUAGCUGGAAUAUCUACAAUGCGACAAAAUCCAGCAUCCGGCCAGGCGCCCUCUCAGCAACAUAUGAGCUCCACAAUGGCGGGCAUGCCAUUUAGCAACUACGCAGCGCUCCAGGAAUCUCAUCGACCCCCAAUGUCUGUGCCGGACAUGCGCUCUAUACAGAUGAUGCAAAAUUCAAAUGGGAACCCUCGAUCGCCCGGUUCAAUACUUCAUGCCCAGAGCUUCUCCUCUGGGUAUAAUGAUGGCUCGUACUCGUUGAUGAAUACGCAAGAUCCAAACCCGACCUCUAUGAACCAGUUCCGAAUUGGAAACUCAGCGGACAACCCAUCAGCCUCCUUCAUGGGCUUCUCUCCUCCAGCCCAGUCACCCAGCUGGUUGCCAUUGCCUUCACCCUCCCCCGCCAACUUCCCCUCCUUCAGCAUGCCUCCUUUCGCCACUUCAUUGAGAUACCCUGUCUUGCAGCCAGUGCUUCCCCAUAUUGUGUCUAUAAUCCCCCAGUCCCUUGCUUGUGAUCUUCUUGACGUCUACUUCACCAGUUCCUCCUCUUCACAUCUUUCCCCCUCAUCGCCAUAUGUGGUUGGCUACGUCUUCCGCAAGCAGUCGUUCCUUCACCCCACAAAACCCCGCUCGUGCAGCCCCGGUCUUCUUGCCAGUAUGCUUUGGGUUGCUGCCCAAACAAGCGAAGCCGCAUUCUUGACAUCACCUCCCUCAGCUCGUGGUCGAGUCUGCCAAAAGCUGCUGGAAUUGUCGAUUGGCUUACUCCGGCCGCUGAUCCAUGGACCUGCAACCGGAGAGGCAUCUCCGAACUAUCCAGCUAAUAUGGUGAUCAAUGGUGUUGCUCUUGGUGGUUUCGGUGUCUCAAUGGAUCAAUUGGGCGCACAAAGCAGCGCUACUGGUGCGGUUGAUGACGUCGCUACAUAUGUACAUUUAGCGACUGUCGUCUCCGCCAGUGAAUACAAAGCCGCCAGUAUGCGCUGGUGGACAGCCGCAUGGUCCCUUGCUCGAGAGCUCAAGCUGGGCCGCGAGUUGCCACCUAACGCGACAAACCGCCAAGACGGCGAAAUGGAGGGGGACGGAGACAUUGAUGUCAAUGGAAACAAGAGACAACCGCAAUCACUUAUGGGCCAUGGCCCGGGCAACUCCGCCAUUAAUCUCACAGAAGAAGAACGUGAGGAGCGGCGUCGAAUUUGGUGGUUGUUAUAUGCAACGGACCGCCAUCUGGCGCUUUGCUAUAAUCGCCCCUUGACUCUUCUAGAUAAAGAAUGUGAAGGAUUGUUACAGCCGAUGAACGAUGACAUCUGGCAAGCUGGCGACUUCUCAUCUGUUAGCUAUCGCCGUGCCGGUCCGUCCUUCGAGUGCACCGGCCAUAGCAUGUUUGGUUAUUUCUUACCUUUGAUGUCUAUUCUUGGUGAAAUCGUGGAUCUUCAACAUGCUCGCAAUCACCCACGUUUUGGUCUUCACUUCCGCAACAGCGGUGAGUGGGAAAGCCAAGCAAUUGAGAUUAGUCGACAGCUCGACGUGUAUGCGCAGAGCCUGAAAGAAUUUGAGGCCCGAUAUACCAGCUCCUUGGCCCUAGGAACUGCCGAGCCUGACACAGUCAUGGAGGGCUCCAAUGUCAAUCAUAUGAGCCCAUCUGGUCGGUCAAGUAGCACGGUAGGGUCGCAUGUUAGCGAGUCUAUCGUCCAUACGAGAAUGGUGGUCGCAUAUGGCACUCACAUAAUGCACGUUCUCCAUGUUCUGCUGGCUGGAAAGUGGGAUCCGAUCAAUUUGCUCGAUGACAAUGACCUCUGGAUUUCCUCGGAAUCCUUCAUUACCGCCAUGGGUCAUGCAGUCAGCUCCGCUGAGGCAGCCUCGGAUAUAUUGGAAUACGACCCUGAUCUGAGCUUCAUGCCAUUCUUCUUUGGCAUAUACCUCCUGCAGGGUAGCUUCUUGUUACUCUUGACCGCGGACAAACUGCAAGGAGACGCUAGUCCCAGUGUUGUGAGGGCUUGCGAAACAAUUGUGCGAGCGCAUGAAGCUUGUGUCGUGACCUUGAACACUGAAUACCAGGUAAGCAUCCGCCCCGACAUGAUUCCAUAUGAACCCGAGCUAACUGAUCCUUCCCAGCGAACCUUCCGCAAGGUAAUGCGCUCAGCUCUGGCUCAAGUCCGAGGCCGCGUUCCAGAAGACUUUGGCGAGCAGCAGCAACGCAGGCGUGAGGUGCUUGCCCUUUAUCGCUGGAGCGGCGAUGGUAGUGGCCUUGCACUUUAG